AUGAAGAUUAUCAAGCUGGUCGCUCUUUUUGCCAUUUUACCCAUUGUGUGCUUGUUGGGGAAGGAAGAAGUGGAUGUCACCCCCUUGAAUGUUGAGCUUCAGAAGGAAGACCUAGAUGUCACUUCCAGAAUUAAAAAACUUUUACAAAAGAGAAAAUUACUAAUGAUGUCCAUAAUUGCCGCAACGGUACUGGCUGCGGGAGGAAUACUCGGUGGAGUGAGCUACGACAUCAUGAAGCGUCGCAAAAGAGACAGCAUGGAACAGGAGGAAGAGCCAUUUGUAGACAUAUUUGAAUCGGAAGAUAUUAUGAACGAGACAACCCCGUUUAAAAACAAGUCGACAACAGUACCCCACGACGUCUCAGCAAAUAUCCCAGAGGUUUCCGGAGAAGCAUCCCCAGCCAAUUUCGCAAUGGACGGUAUUGAUCGUGAUACAGGUGAGAACUUGGGGAAAUCGUUUUUUCAUAAGUUAGACAAAACCAGUGUUUGA